AAAAAAGAAAAUAGCAUUUACUGUAUAAAGAACGUUUUAAAUUCUAUAUUGUUAGUUGCAUUUAAUGCUUCUAAGAAUUAUGAUAAAAAUGUCACCGUUCGUUAUUACUGUUUUUAUUGUAUUGUUUGUAUUUUCAACUACAAUAAAUGUUGAAGCAGGUGGACGUUGUGCACCAGAUGAAGUGUGGAAUGAAUGUGGCAAACGUUUACAGUGUCAGAAAAAUUGUGACACUUUAAGAAAUCCAUCUCGAAUUGUAUGCACAAAGGAAUGUGUACCGGGUUGUGAGUGUCCACGGGGUUUUGUUAGAAAAUCAAAAACUGACGAACAGUGUGUUGAAGAAAGAAAUUGUAGAUAAAAGCAAAAAAAAAAAAUUUGCAUAUAUUUUUUUUUUUUUUUGCAUAUUUGUACAAUAACUAAAUUUUCCAUUUACAGUAAAUUUAUUGUCGAAAUACAAAUAAAAAAAAAAUCCCCGCUAAAUA